CCACCUGUUACAUGCAACAAAUUAACCCUAAGAGCUCUCAUCUCAAAAACAAUGCAGGCUGAGGAAUACAAUCGCAGAGGUAAGGAGCUGGUGGACUACAUCACACAGUACCUGGGCUCCAUCAGGGAGAGGAGGGUGAUUCCAGAUGUGAAGCCAGGUUACAUGAAGGAGCUUCUCCCUGACACAGCGCCUACCGAGCCGGAGGACUGGGAGACUAUCUUCAACGACAUUGAGAAAGUCAUCAUGCCAGGAGUGGUCCACUGGCAGAGCCCUCAUAUGCACGCCUACUACCCUAGUCUGACUUCAUGGCCCUCUAUGCUUGGAGACAUGCUGGCUGACGCCAUUAACUGUGUUGGAUUCACCUGGGCCUCCAGUCCAGCAUGUACAGAAUUGGAAAUGAAUGUGAUGGACUGGUUGUGUAAAGCACUGGGGCUCCCGUCCUUCUUCCUGCAUCACCAUCCUGACAGCAGAGGUGGAGGCAUACUGCAGAGCACAGUCAGUGAGAGCACACUGGUUGCUCUGCUGGCAGCCAGGAAAGACAAAUUUUUGCAGCUGCAGGCUGAGCUCGACCAGGACGUGGACGAUUCGGCCCUAAAUUCAAGACUGGUGGCUUACGCUUCAGAUCAGGCUCAUUCCUCAGUUGAGAAGGCAGGUCUGAUCUCUCUGGUGAAGAUCAGGUUUCUGCCCACUGAUGAGCAGUUGUCUCUGAAAGGAGACACGUUGAAACAAGCCAUACAAGAAGACAGGAGAAGGGGAUUGGUCCCUUUCAUGCUGUGUGCAACUUUGGGAACUACAGGAGUGUGUGCUUUCGACAAUCUGUCUGAACUGGGACCAGUCUGUGCAGAAGAAGGACUGUGGCUCCAUGUUGAUGCUGCGUAUGCUGGCUCAGCCUACUUCUGUCCUGAGCUCCGCUGGUCCCUGGAGGGCAUUGAAUUAGCUCACUCUUUUGUCUUCAACCCCUCCAAGUGGAUGAUGGUCCACUUUGACUGCACAGCAUUCUGGUGAGCUUUCUAACCCAUACCUGAAGUCUUACCUCUAGAACUAAGCAUUAUCUAUGAA